AGCGUUCUUAAUUGUAUGAUUUCAGUUAUCAUUCUAAAUUAACUCAAAUAUGGGUCCACCACUUUCUAAACUGAAGAAAAAAGAAAAACGUAAAGAAGAAAACACGGCUAUAAGAGAACAGACGCUUCGUAAAGAAGAGACCCAAACCUACGACGAGGCGGCUCCCGAUGACCCGCAGGGAUGUGCUGACACGAAGCUAGACGAUGAGCCUCCUGCCAAUGGACGAAUUCGAAGUACCGAGAGCUUGGGAUUUGUCGUGACCAUUUACUCUUACAUUGGACGUGUCAAUACCGAGUUGACUUUCGACAAGGGCGAGAGGUUCGAAGUCCUUGACAAACCCAACGAGGACUGGUGGUGGAUGAGGAACCUGAAAACGAAUGCUGAAGGUUUCGCCUUUUCCGGCUAUGUUGUGCCGGCAACAUCCUUGGAAGUUCAGGAAUGGUAUUUCGGGGACAUAUCGCGCAAGGAAUCAGAAAAGUUGCUCUUAAAUGACCCGACUCUGCUCAACGGGACGUUCUUGGUGCGAAAGUCCGAGUCGUCGAGCGUACACUCGUACUCGCUCAGCUUCAAGGUGACCGCUGAAGGCAAGUCAUCCGUGAAACAUCAUCGAAUCUAUUCGAACGAUGGAGUCUACAUACAAAAUAAUCGGAAGUUCCGGACUCUGAAUGACAUGAUCACUUUCUACACUUCCUCUUCCUCACCAUUGAAGCUCAAGCAAGCGUGCCCCAAGCCUAAGCCCACCCAGUGGGACCUGUCUCCGGAGAUGAGAGACGAGUGGGAGAUUGACAGACGAACCCUCGUUUGCGAUGAAAAACUCGGCGCGGGGAAUUUCGGGGAAGUGUGGCAUGGCGUUUGGAACGGUACUCGGGAAGUUGCAAUCAAAACUUUAAAGCCAGGCAUGAUGUCACCCGAAGCCUUCCUGCAGGAGGCGAGCAUCAUGAAGAAGCUUCGUCACCGUAACAUUCUCAUCUUAUACGCCGUGUGCACCUUGGAGGAACCAAUCCUUAUUGUCACCGAGUAUAUGAACAGGGGAGCGCUGCUCGAUGUGCUCAGGAAAAAUGGAAAGAGUCUUGAGCUGCCAGAUUUGGUAGACAUUUGUACCCAGGUCGCGUCCGCCAUGGCGCACCUGGAGAGCAAAGGACUUAUUCAUCGCGAUCUGGCGGCUCGUAAUGUCCUCAUGGACUCGGACAAGCACUGCAAGGUCGCUGACUUCGGCCUCGCCAGAAUUGUUGAGCACGGAGAGUACAGUCCCAACUCUAAUGUCAACUUUCCUGUCAAGUGGACCGCGCCAGAAGCCAGCCUCUACGGGCAGUACACCAUCAAGAGUGACGUGUGGAGCUUCGGUAUCGUCAUGAUGGAAGUUCUUACGCUGGGGGCAAACCCAUAUCCUGGAAUGAGCAACAACAAUGUGAUGGAAGUAGUGCCCCAAGGCCACCGAAUGCCCCGACCAACGUACCCCAUUAAUUGCCCCGAGGGACUUUUCGACGUCAUCACGAAAUGUUGGCAAUAUCCCAACAUCGAAGACAGACCCACGUUCGAGUUUCUGGAGACGUAUCUCUCUGAAUGGGAUAUGAGUACCGACAUUAAUUAUGAUGAGCCGGAGAAUGCUGUUGACCAAUGAGGCUGUUUUAUUUGAAGGAACAUUCCAAGCUAUUACAAAUGUAUUGUGCUGAAAAUACGCACCUGCCAUCUCAGUAAUUUGGUAUUCUCAAACAAUAAAGUCUUUACGCCGCACUUGACCUUCGUUCCAGAAAGUAAAAUUUACUAUAAAUCAACUGAAUUUCUACUCCAAAACAAAGGUUAACAAGAACAUGUAUAUAUUUCCACUCCUGAAAGGCUGAAAGUCAAACGUGAGCUGAUGUGUUCAAAUUCAAAAAAAUUCAAAUCAAAGCGAGAAUCAAUAUGGAAAGUUCGUACUAUAAUUAUGGAGAAGAAUCAAACACUUAUUCGUCAUAAAGUUGUAGCUAAACAAAUACCCACGGAGAAUAAGACAAAAUUGGAAGACGUAGGCAUACUCCCUGUAUAGUUUUGCUUCGGUCGUGCAUUGAAGGUACUGUAAUAUCAAGUAAUGAUAGAGUUUAACUAUUUAAAAAUAUUUUAUUUUUUCUUAAUAGUGUUUGAUAAUAUCGUUGAUUGACUGGGCAAACAAUGCAUUGCAAUCAAUUUUAGAAUUCAUUUUUCUGUCUAUUGUAUAAGAAAUCUAUUGCUAUAAUUGUUUCGACUUAAAUGAACUCCUGCAAUAAAACUGCGAAUGCAUCAUGAAUGAUUUGGGAUUUGAAGAGAAAUGUUGAUGGUUGCAAAUGAUUGAAGUAAUAUCCAAUUUUUCAUUGACCUAAGUGAUUGAAAACGAAGAAAUUUCAUGUGUAAAUUUCAAGUAAACAUUGACGAACUUUGAAGAAGUUAUUUGUCUUAGCUUAAAGAUUGGACGUAUAAAGGGAAAUGUCGAGCGAUAGUUUCACACACCUCAUUUAAGCUGAGUAAUUGAAAUACUUUAAUGUUAGAGCAAGCCCUAUAAUAUUGACGAUCAGUAAUUUUUAAUGUCAAUAAUCACUAAUAACAAAAAAAAUUAAGAAAUAGGUUUUUACGACACAAUCUAAACGCCAUUGAAAAUGUGAUGCAGAUAAGGCCAAACAUAUCAUCAUAUUUUCUUCCAUUACCUAUUAGCCACUGUUACUGUUUUCGACUUACAAGACUCAAGCUACAUGAUGGCUGCUGAUGAAUAAUUUGAGGAUGCACUGAUGCAUGUCACCCCGGAUCCCCGAUGACGGUGUUAAAGUAUAAAAUACUUUCAGUUCUGUGACGCUGCUAAGUCGAAUGCAAAUUUCAAAUGUACAUUUACUAUAUCCAAAAUAUUUUUUCGGUCAAUUUCAACAUCUUGUUGAAAAUUUACGAUAUUGUCGUAUUAGUUACAUUCUAACUAGUGUAAUGACCUAAAGGUCAGCUUUGUAUUUAAACAUGAGUGAAAAAAUCAAUUUGUUAUGCUUGGUAAUUUUUGUUAGAAUGAUUCUUUAGAAUUAAAUAAUAAUGUCUAUAGAGGCUAAAAUAAACUAAUUGU